UGACGUGUCUGCGUGAUGGUCGCACUUUUCUCAAAAGAACCGGCCAUUGUGUGAUUAAAAUUUUCAGAGGAGUUUUGUACCUGAAAUAUCUCGAGCAUCCGGUAAAAAUCCAUUUUAAUUAUUAUAUUGAGACGCGGACUAGUAUUAGCAGACUCUGAGUGAGUCGAAAAAUGGUGGCUCUGACGGCAAACAUGCCGAUUCUGGCAGUGGUAUUAAUUUUCUGCUACCUGGUUCCGGAAUCGAUAAGUGUUGAUCGGAACAAUUUUAAAACCUGCGAGCAGAGCAGCUUUUGUCGGCGUUUGAGGCGUUCCGACCCGGAGGUCAGCAAAUUUGAGGUACUUCCGGAAACGCUGCAAACAUACAAAGAUCAUGUCCAGCUUGAUUUACAACAUUCGGAGUCGAAACAUUUGUAUGUAUUAAAGCUAGCUUCCGUGAAAGGUGGUAUGUUCCAUUUUGAAAUCAAUGAAAAAAGUCCCCUGAGCGAAAGAUACCGAGUUGUGGACGCUCUGGUAAAAGAACCAGAAUAUCUGCCAAUCAAAGUUGAAAGCAGCUCGGCCACCGCUAUUAUCGUAUCUGCUGAUGGGGGAACUAAUAAAGCUGUAAUCCAGAUUGCACCUCUGAAGCUGGAUUUCUACCAUGGAGAUAAAUUGAUGGUUUCGGCCAACUCCAAGGGACUGAUGAGAAUGGAACAUUUGCGCCGGAAGGAAUCAGCGCAACCGGCCAGAGAUGAGGAGGAAGGAGCCGAAGGCCACGAGAAUGAAGUCCAGGAAGUGAAAGAAGAUCCAGGAGCGUGGGAAGAAAACUUCAAAAGUCACCAUGACUCGAAACCAAACGGCCCGGAAGCACUGGCAAUAGACUUCAGCUUCCCUCAAAGCAAAGUUCUGUUUGGAAUUCCGGAACACGCCGAUUCGUUUGUACUGAAACACACAGCCGGUGGCAAGAGCGAUCCCUAUCGGCUGUAUAAUUUGGACGUUUUUGAAUAUGAACUUGACAACGGAAUGGCUCUGUAUGGUGCAGUGCCCGUUAUCUACGGAACAGGACCAGGAGCGACAGCUGGAGUCUACUGGCAGAACGCAGCGGAAACAUGGGUAGAUAUUUUCGCAAGCGACCAGGAAAAGAAUGUGAUGUCCUCGAUAAUUAACUUUGUGUCCAGCUCUAAUCAACAAGAUCCGCCAGCUGCUAAUUUUAUUUCCGAAAGCGGAAUAAUGGACGUGUUUAUCCUAUUAGGACCAUCUCCUCUGGAAACUUUCCGUCAGUACACGGAUUUGACAGGAACAGCACCGCUACCACAGCUUUAUGCCAUUGCUUAUCAUCAGUGUCGUUGGAAUUAUAACGACGAACAGGACGUGACGACAGUCUCUGCUAAAUUCGACGAACACGACAUUCCCAUGGAUACUAUGUGGCUUGAUAUUGAGUACACUGAUGGUAAAAAAUACUUCACAUGGGAUCAUCACAAAUUCCCACAUCCCCUGGAAAUGAUCCGCAAUUUAACGGAACGGGGUCGUCAUUUGACCGUCAUCAUCGAUCCCCAUAUCAAGCGAGAUGGUGGAUACUUUUUCCACAACGAUUGUACGGAACGUGGUUAUUAUGUCAAAAAUAAGGAUGGCAAUGUGUACGAAGGUUGGUGUUGGCCGGGAGCCGCCAGCUAUCCGGACUUUUUCGAUCCGGUGGUACGGAAGUAUUUUGCCGAUCAGUAUCUGCUGGAAAACUUUAAGGAAUCUACUGUGGAGGUCGGUAUCUGGAACGAUAUGAAUGAACCGUCAGUCUUCAAUGGGCCUGAAGUUACUAUGCUAAAGGACAAUGUCCAUCACGGUGGCUGGGAGCACCGAGAUGUUCAUAAUCUGUAUGGUCAUAUGCACAUUAUGGCGUCGUACGAUGGAUUACUUCGACGCAAUGAAGACGAACACCGCCAAGACGAUCCAUUGGAAAUGCUUCGAAGCUACUCCACUGAUUCUCGAGGAAAAGUGUCAAAUGGAGCACUACGCCCUUUCAUCUUAACUCGAUCGCACUUUUCCGGAAGUCAGCGGUUUGCCGCCGUCUGGACCGGUGAUAAUAUGGCUGAAUGGGGCCAUUUGCAGGCUUCUAUCAAGAUGUGUCUCUCGCUGUCGGUGUCCGGUAUAAGCUUCUGCGGUGCCGAUGUAGGUGGAUUCUUUGGCAAUCCGGAAGGUGAGCUGUUCUACCGUUGGUAUCAGGUCGGAGCGUUUCAACCUUUCUUCCGCUCGCAUGCCCACAUUGACACCAAGCGCCGUGAACCGUGGCUGUUCCCAGAAGAUGUUAAAUUGGUUAUUAGAGAUGCUAUUCGGAAACGCUACCGCUUGUUGCCAUUUUGGUACACGAUGUUCUACGAACAUGAGCGUUCUGGAUUGCCAAUCAUGAGACCACUGCUCGCUCAUUACCCAUCAGAUGUCAAUGCUUAUGAAAUCGAUUCUCAAUUCUUGUUGGUCGAUAAACUGAUGGUGGCUCCAGUAUUGAAAGCAGGUCAAUCAAAAGUUGAAGUCUAUUUCCCAUCCAGAGAAAAUGGAGAAUCCGAUAUCUGGUAUGACGUAGACAAUCACCGGAAAUAUUCAUCAGCAGGGCAUGAAUCGAUUUCGGUUGACUCGUACAAAGUUCCAGUAUUUCAACGAGGAGGAACUAUUAUUCCACGCAAAGAUAGAAUUCGUCGAGCAUCUACUCUGAUGAAGGAUGAUCCCUACACACUUGUUGUAGCAGUCGAUAAGAAUGGUUAUGCUAAGGGCACUCUGUACAUCGAUGAUGAAGCUAGCUUCGAAUACCGCUCCGGAAAAUAUCUUUAUCUAGAAUUUGAAUUUAAAGAUGGCGUUUUAAGCAGCAAGAAAAUUGACACCACUGCUACCUAUCCAACGAAGAGUUGGCUGGAACGUGUAAUUCUCGUUGGUCUGCCAAAGGCACCGAAGUCUGCUACAAUCCAUUUGGCUGGUGGUGCCACAUCGACCGAAUUGGAAGUCAAUGCCGAAAACGGCGCCUCCGUCGUACGUAAACCAGGCGCUUCAAUGCUCGAUAGCUGGUCGAUCAAGUUAAAUUAUUGAAAUAUUCAUUAGGUAAGUUGCACAUAGUUCUAAAAGAUUCACAACAUAAAUUUUUCUGUGUCGACUGAUGAUUCAACUUAACAUUCUCUUUGGCACAAUCUGUGUGUCCGUGAAAUAUUUCAUGCAAAAUCAAAUAAAGUGAUAUUGGUUUUAGAAAUCAUUCAUUAUUCUGUCAAUACAAAAAAUAUUUUCCUGAAGUAGCGUAAUAGUAAAAAGGAUUCGCGUUAAUCUAAUAAAAUAAAGCAGGAUUAGCGAAUAGAUCGAUUUAGUGAAAAACAACAUUUUGAACUAUAUCUCUAAAUAAAUAAAAAUGUGUUGACUAA